UACUCUCUCAACUCAUCAACUCUUUACCUUUCUUAUUCUUCCAUCACUUCUUUCUUCUGCUUGUAAUGCUCAUGAGUUGAAUUUGCUUUUGUUUCUCUUCAGGGCAUUGCUUGCUGAUCUGGGUUCAUUUUUGCUGGAUUUAAAUUGGUAUAUUUUUCCGAGGCCAUACAAUCCUUGAAAGAUGACUCCCUAUGUUGUUGGAGUCCUUUUUCCUCUAGUUUUCACAUUUCUGUUUCGGAGUUCCAAGAAUCCAAAGAAACGAGGGGUUCCCAUUGAUGUUGGUGGAGAACCUGGUUUUGCAAUAAGAAACUCUCAGUUUCCUUCCCCCGUAAUCACUGCUUGGGAAGGCAUUUAUACUCUUGCGGAACGUUUUGAGCUUUCAUGCAAGCAGCAUCAUAAUAAACGCUUUCUUGGAACUCGGAAAUUAAUUUCAACGGAGAAUGAAGUCACUGAAGAUGGAAGAUCCUUUGAGAAGCUUCAUUUGGGAGAGUAUGAGUGGCUAACCUAUGGUAAAGCAUUUGAAACUGUGUGCAACUUUGCUUCUGGCUUAGCUCAACUUGGGCACAGAAAGGAGGAAAGAGUCGCAAUUUUUGCUGAUACAAGAGAAGAAUGGUUUCUUGCAUUGCAGGGUUGCUUUAGACGCAAUGUCACUGUGGUGACUAUUUAUGCAUCUUUGGGAGAGGAGGCUUUGUGCCAUUCAUUGAAUGAGACAGAGGUUACAACUGUUAUUUGUGGGAGCAAAGAACUGAGAAAACUUGUAGAUAUAAGUGGACAACUUGACACUGUGAAGCGUGUGAUAUGUAUGGAUGUUGACAUCCCAUCUAAUGCCUCAUCAGUUGAGCAAAGCGGUCAGUGGAAGAUCAUUUCAUUUGCUGAUGUACAGAGUCUUGGUAGAGAAAAUCCUAUCGAUGCUGAGUUACCUGCUUCGGCUGAUAUUGCAGUUAUAAUGUAUACAAGUGGGAGUACUGGAUUGCCUAAGGGUGUAAUGAUGACACAUGCCAAUGUCCUAUCUGUAGUUUCUGCAGUCAUGUCACUUGUCCCUAACCUGGCAAACAAGGAUGUUUAUAUGGCAUACCUUCCUCUGGCUCAUAUCCUUGAAUUAGCAGCUGAGAAUGUAAUUUCUGCUGUUGGAAGUGCCAUAGGAUAUGGUACCCCUUUGACUCUUACAGAUACAUCAAACAAAAUAAAGAGAGGAACAAAGGGGGAUGCCACUGUAUUGAGGCCAACUCUUAUGGCGGCUGUCCCGGCAAUACUUGACCGUGUUCGAGAUGGUGUGCGGAAGAAUGUAGACGCAAAAGGUGGACUCGCCAAGAAAUUGUUUGACUUGGCAUAUUCUCGUAGGAUGUCUGCAAUAAAUGGUAGCUGGUUAGGAUUUUGGGGUCUGGAAAGGCUUCUAUGGAACUCUCUUGUGUUUAGAAAGGUUCGAGCAAUUCUUGGAGGUCGGGUGCGGUUUGUGCUUUCAGGAGGUGCUCCGCUUUCUGGUGAUACUCAAAGAUUCAUCAACGUUUGUCUUGGUGCUCCAAUAUGCCAAGGAUAUGGUCUUACUGAGACUUGUGCUGGUGGUACCUUCUCUGAGGUUGAUGAUAUGUCUGUUGGUCGUGCCGGUGCUCCUCUUUCUUGCUCAUUUAUUAAGCUAGUAAAUUGGUCUGAAGGUGGUUAUUUAACUACUGAUUUGCCCAUGCCUCGUGGAGAAAUAGUAAUUGGUGGCCCAAAUGUCACAUAUGGAUAUUUCAAAAAUGAAGAGAAGACAAAGGAAGUGUACAAGGUUGAUGAGAGAGGAAUGAGGUGGUUCUAUACAGGUGACAUAGGGCAGUUCCAUGCUGAUGGUUGCCUUGAGAUAAUUGACCGUAAGAAAGACAUAGUCAAACUUCAGCAUGGAGAAUAUGUUUCCUUAGGAAAGGUUGAGGUUGCUCUAAUAGUGAGCCCGUAUGUAGACAACAUAAUGUUGUAUGUCGAUCCAUUUCAUAGUUACUGUGUUGCUCUUGUGGUGGCUGCUCAGCAUGCUCUGGAAGCUUGGGCUGCCAAGCAAGGGAUUAAUUAUAAUGGUUUUGCUGCGUUGUGUGAAAAAGAAGAAUCAGUGAAGGAAGUGCAUGCAUCUCUUGUAAAGGCAGCUAAGAAUGCACAUUUGGAGAAGUUCGAGAUCCCCACAAAGAUCAAAUUGCUUUCUGAGCCAUGGACUCCUGAAUCUGGUUUGGUCACUGCAGCUCUCAAGCUUAAAAGAGAGAUUAUUAGGAAGACGUUUGGCGACGACCUUGCAAGAUUAUAUGGUUGAUGACAGUACUUGGUUUUGUGCCAAACUGUGUCUUGGGUGCUACUUAUAUUCACUUAUCUUAAAAUUUUUCCCCUGCUCUUGUACUCUUGAAGUUAUAUUUCCUUUGUUUAUGAUUAUUUAUUUUGCUUGUUGGGAAUAAUAUUUAGGAAAAUAUGAGAAAAUAUAAUCAGAUUUUUGCA